UUUUGUUUCUUCCUUUCCUCUGUUCUGACUUUUGUCUACCUGCAAGAGGAAAUCCCCGCUGAAGUGAUUGCAGAGAGCAUUGCUUUGGCGCAGCGGCAGCAGAAGAAUCCAAGGGCAGAGCUGACUAGUUCAGAGUUGGCCUUUUUUAAGGAUAUAGAGGCAGAGCAUUCCGCUGCCGUUCCAGCAUCUGAAGAGAGGGCAGAGCAAUCUGCAUCAGAGCCUAUGGAGCAGGCAGAACUACCUGUUGCAGUUUCGGAAGCUGGAGUGGAAGUGGUUGCUACUGUUCCUGACCUUGUGUCUUUUCAGGUAGAAGUGCCUAGAUCUGCUGGUGUUCAGGCAAUGAUGACCAGCCCUCUGAAGCCUCCAAUUGUUGCUGCAAGUGCUUACUCAUUUGUGGAUCUUCCUUUUAGUUUCAACGUCUUCGAUAGAACUUACUUGAGCUUUUCUUGUAGAUGCCCAUUCAUUCCUUUCUAAGUUCCUCUGCCACUGCUUCCUUUGCUGACCCAGAGCUGGUAGAAUUUGAAGCCAUGGACCUAGAUGCCCAGCUGGACAAGCUGGAAAAACUCACUUCUACUCCUGGCAAGGCCAAGUCCAAGGCGGUGGAGGAGGCCAUGGAGAGGUUGAAGAUCUGGCAAUCUUCUGAGCUGGAACUGGAUGAGGACAGGGAGGCUGUUGAUCAAUUCAUGAAGGACCUGGACCUUCUGCACAGACAGAACAUGGCUCCCAAGCCCAUACUUGAGAUGAGCCUUGGCUUGGCAAGAGAUGUGCCCAACCUCCAUGACCGUUAUGAGGAUCUCAGGCCUACCUUCAAAACUUCUGAGUUCUGCAAAACCACUCAUGAAGCCAAUUUGGCUGAUUAUGCGAAACAGAAGGCAGAACUGGACCAGAUGGUUGUAGGGUACAAGGAAGCCAAGGCCACUAUAGAUAAGCUGGAUAAGCAGAUUGAAAAGCUUCAAAAGCAGUUGGCAGAAUGCAGAGGAGUGCAGAGCAAGCUUGAGGCUGGACUAAGUUCCAAAACCAAGGCCACCUUCCUCGUGCAGAGCAUGGUUUCAACUUCUAGGCCGGCUUUGGAAAUUGCGGAGGCUUCAAUCGAUCAGGGAGAGCUGCCCCAGAAGGAACUUUCUAUCAAAAAGGCUAGUCUACAGGAGACUCUUAAGAAAUUAAGGUUUUAGAUUUUAAAUUUAAACUUUGUAAUAAACAUUUAGCCAUAAAAAUGGCUAUAUUUAAAUAAAAGUUAUUAUUUUUGUGGAAUUUUGAUUUUUCUUCAUAAUAAAAUGUACUUAACAAAA